CGUCACAACGCGGAAGGGGCCUUUGUCAGUGUCAGAGUGAAACUCCCUCCCUCGAGGCAGCUCUUCAUCCUGGGAGGGGGAGGGGGGAAGCAUGUGCUCACUUGCAGCAACUGGAGUGAAUCCAGGGAGGGAGCAGACUCUGCAAACUCAGAGUGUUUGAAGAACUGAAGACGGAAGUUUCAAAAAUCAAUAGGUGAAGGGCUUUCGCCCAAAAUUGUCAACUCUCUUGCUCUUCACAUGCUGCCUGACCUGCUGUGCUAUUCCAGCACUGCAAUAUUUGACUCUGACUCUCGGCACCUGCAAUCCUCACUUUGACGUCAAUGUCUGACAGUCACUCAAUCCAUCAGGACCGCAAUGAUUUUCGGCUAUGAUUCUGUGAGAAGGAGCCAAGCUUUUACAUUCCUGUUUCAGUACAAUUUCAGUAUCAGUGGGACUGGAUGAGAGACCCUACUGUUGCAGCGCACUGAGUGUGGUCCUGAAGCAGUUAAAGAGGAACUCACGGCAGGAAGGGUCUCUACACGCGGUGGUGUGUGACUAAAGUUUUGUCCAUGGAGGAACCUGAGGGAUCCCACCCCGUGGAGAAACCGUGGAAGUGUGACGACUGUGGGAAAGGCUUCCGUGCCCCGUCUGUCCUGGAGACUCAUCGGCGCAUCCACACCGGGGAGAGACCGUUCUCCUGCACCGAGUGCGGGAAGGGCUUUACUCAGGCUUACAACCUAAUGACCCACCAGCGGGUCCACACUGGGGAGAGGCCGUUCUCCUGCACCGUGUGCGGGAAGGGCUUUACCCAGGCCUCCCACCUGCUGAGGCACCGGCGGGUCCACACAGGGGAGAGGCUGUUCCUCUGCCCAGAGUGCGGGAAGGGCUUUACCCAGGCCUCCCACCUGCUAACCCACCAGCGGGUCCACACGGGUGAGAGGCUAUACCUCUGCCCAGAGUGUGGGAAGACCUUCAGCAAUUCCUCCAUCCUUCUGAGGCACCGGCAGGUCCACACAGAGGAGAGGCUGUUCCUCUGCCCUGACUGCGGGAAGGCCUUCAGACAUUCCUCCGUCCUGCUGAGGCACCAGUGGGUCCACACGGGGGAGAGGCCCUUCAGCUGCCCUGAAUGCGGGAAGGCGUUCAGGAAUUCCUCGCACCUGCUGACCCACCGGCGGAUCCACACGGGAGAGAUGCCCUUCAGCUGCCCGGAGUGCGGGAAGGCGUUCAGGAACUCCUCUGCCCUGCUGACCCACCGGCGGAUCCACACAGGGGAGAGGCCAUUCUCCUGCCCCGAGUGUGGGAAGGCCUUCAGUGAUUCCUCUGCCCUGCGGAGGCACCAGCGGGUCCACACUGGGGAGCGGCCUUUCACCUGCUCUCAAUGUGGGAUGGCCUUCACCCGCUCCUCCCACCUGCGGAGGCACCAGCAAGUUCACGUGCCAUCGCAGGGGGAUUGUAGGAGCGAUGGCCAAGUGCCGGUAUCAACUGGAAUAUCCACCUACAGUGAUACGGCCUGGAAACUGGAAAUCACGGCAGGGAAGGGCUGUGCAGUCUUUUCUAUGGCUGAUGUUUCGACCAUGGAGAAACCCAAGAAAUCCCACCCUUUGGAGAAACCUUGGAAGUGUGGUGACUGCGGGAAAGGCUUCCGUGCCCCGUCUGUCCUGGAGAGUCAUCGGCGCAGUCACACCGGGGAGAGGCCAUUCUCCUGCCCUGAGUGUGGGAAGGCCUUCAGCGAAUCCUCCACCCUGGUGGAUCACCGGCGUGUCCACACGGGGGAGAGGCCAUUCUCCUGCCCUGAGUGUGGGAAGGCCUUUAUUCGGGCCUCCCACCUGCUGAAGCACCAGCGGUUCCACACUGGGGAGAGGCCUUUCAGCUGCCCUGAGUGCGGGAAAGGCUUUACCCAGGCCUCCCACCUGGUGGCCCACCGGCGGGUCCACACGGGGGAAAGGCCCUUCCUGUGCCCCGAGUGCGGGAAGGCCUUCAGCAAUUCUUCUGACAUGGUGAAGCACCGGCGGGUCCACACGGGGGAAAAGCCCUUCAACUGCCCUGAGUGUGGGAAGGCCUUUAGUGAUUCCUCCUCCCUGCAGAGGCACCGGCGGGUCCACACGGGGGAGAGGCCCUUCCCGUGCCCUGAGUGCGGGAAGGCUUUCAGCGAUUCCUCUCACCUGCUGACCCACCAGCGGGUCCACACGGGGGAGAGGCCCUUCCCAUGCCCCGAGUGUGGGAAAGCCUUUAGCGAUUCCUCGCACCUGCUGGAGCACCGGCGGAUCCACACGGGCGAGAAGCCUUUCAGCUGCCCCGAGUGUGGGAAGGGCUUUACUCGGGUCGACACCCUGCAGACCCACUGGCGGGUUCACACUGGGGAGAGGCCCUUCAGCUGCCCCGAGUGCGGGAAAGCCUUCAGUGAUUCCUCCGACCUGCGGAAACACCAGCGGGUCCACACGGGGGAGAGGCCAUUCCCCUGCCCCGAGUGCGGGCACAGGUUUGCAUGCUCCAGCAACUUGCGGAAGCACCAGCAGGGGCACCAGCGCUCCCAACAAUCGGAUUCCUCCGGUGACACUGGUGUGGGUCACUCCCAGGACUGUAAAUAUAGGAGCUUGCCGAGGCCCUGGGACAGAAUUCACACCAAGGAAGGAUUCUACACUUGUUCGUGUGCAGCUGAAGCUUCGGCCAUGGAGAAACCUGAGGAAUCCUGCCCCAUGGAGAAACCGUGGAAGUGUGGUGACUGUGGGAAAGGUUUCUGUGCCCCAUCUGUCCUGGAGACUCAUCGGCGCAGUCACACGGGGGAGAGACCAUUCUCCUGCCCCAAGUGCGGGAAGGCCUUCAGCAAUUCAUCCCACCUACUGGCCCACCAGCGGGUCCACACGGGGGAGAGGCCCUUCAGCUGCCCCGAGUGCAGGAAGGCCUUCGGCAAUUCUUCUGCCCUGCUAAGGCAUCAGCAGGUCCACACGGGGGAGAGACCAUUCCCCUGCCCCGAGUGCAGGAAGGCCUUCAGCAAUUCCUCCGCCCUCCUGAUCCACCAGCGGGUCCACACCGGGGAGAGGCCUUUCAGCUGUCCCGAGUGCAGGAAGGGAUUUACCCAAACCUCUGCACUGUUGAGGCACCGGCGUGUCCACACGGGGGAGAGGCCCUUUAGUUGCCCUGAGUGCGGGAAAGGCUUUACCCAGUCCUCCCAUCUGCGGAGGCACCAGCGGGUUCAUGUGCCACUCAACACCCCUUUCGCAGCAGCGAGAGACAGAACACAUUACAUGUGUGAGUGGUCUUGCAACGGAUUAUCGAAGCUAGAGAGAGGCGGGGAUUCCCACGUGAUGGAGAAACCGUGGAAAUGUGGGGACUGUGGGAAGGAAUUCAAAUUCCCAUCCUUGCUUGAGAGUCAUCGCCGCUGUCACACUGGGGAGAGACCAUUCACGUGCUCCGUGUGUGGGAAGGGGUUCACCCAUACAUCCGCCCUGGUGACCCACCAGCAGGUCCAUACCGGGGAGAAGCCGUUCACCUGCUCUGUAUGUGAGAAGGGGUUCACCCAUUCAUCUGCCCUGGUGAUCCACGAGCGGGUCCACACCGGGGAGAGGCCAUUUACCUGCUCUGUUUGUGGGAAGGGGUUUACUCAUUCAUCCACCCUGGUGACCCACCAGCGGAUCCACACCAUGGAGAAGCCGUUCACCUGCUCUGUCUGCGGGAGGGGGUUUGUUCAAUCCUCCAACCUGCAGAGACACCAGCGGGUCCACACUGGGGAGAAGCCAUUCACCUGCUCCAUCUGCGGGAAGGCGUUUGUUCAAUCCUCCAACCUGCAGAGUCACCAGCGGGUCCACACUGGGGAGAGGCCGUUCACCUGCUCCGUGUGUGGGAAAGCAUUCAUUCAGUCCUCCAACCUGCAGAGUCACCAGCGGGUCCACACCGGGGAAAGACCGUUCACCUGCUCAGUGUGUGGGAAGGGAUUCAUUGAUUGUUCUUCCCUGCGGAGACACCAGCCUGUCCACACCAAGGAGAGACCGUUCACCACCUCUGUCUGUGGGAAAGUGUUCAAUCAGUCAUCCCAUCUGUUCAGACAUCAAUCCAGUCACACCGAGUAGAGAACAUUUGGAUUCUUUGUGGGUGUAACUUCUAUUAGUAUUCAAAAGGGCACACAUUCACUGGUGAGUUGAGCAUUUGUUUAAGAUACACUUACUGAUUUGGAACAACACAGUGGAGUCGGAAGCUGUAUAUGUGUCAUGCUUGGCUCUGUGAAGAAAUCUACCCUGUGUAAAGAUUGGCUCCAGUUUCUCCCUUCCCCAUGAGGCUGCCAGGAUGAUAACGUGGUGUGAGAUAUUGUUUUAUAGGUCUCUUUACUAACCCACUCACAAAUACUUUCUAUUUACUCAUUCAUAAGUCUUUUCUAACCUGCUCACAAGAGCUCUAUAUCUAAUAAUACUGCAUUCCUGUUUCAAUCAUUCAUAACCCCUUCCUAUAAUGCGGCUUCAUUCAUUCAUACAUAAAACCACGGUUUUGUAGUAUAUUUUACUAUUACAAGAUAGACUAAAUUAAAACACCUCUUUCAACUCAUUCAUGCUUUUUCACCUCUUUAACCCUUAUCAGCUGUUGCUACAGGCAGUGUUUAGGCUUAUUUCUAAAGCAGAAGCUAACACUGAACAUAGUAACGUAUUCAGAACAAUCCCAUCCCCUGCCAUGUUGUCUCCAUGAAAGAUUAUAAUAUCAAUCAGCCCUUACCAACCGUCUCUCGGGACCUGCAUAGAUACAGAACAUCAGACAGUUGCCCCUUCUCGCAGCCACUGUCCCCUUUAAGAAGCUGACUAUUGAGACUGCGCUUCCGUGAAAUUGCAGGAAUGAAUGAAACUCACGCUGGCAAAUACUAAACAUGUCUCACAACCCAGCUGCGGUAAGCAGUUUAAUAUCCUUUAUUCUUUCAUUCAGUGCAGAUACAAUGUCUCAGUUAUUUGCAGUAUACAGGCCUAGUAUUUUUCCUAACAUUUACUAACUUAAAAGACAAAAGGACUAACACCUCUUAGUUCUGCAAGCAGACCACACAGACAAUCUCAAUCCUAUCGGGAGUAGCAGCCAGUGUUUGUGUACAAUAGAUAAAGCAAUGGGACACCAUAGUGAUGGAGUGUUAAUCUCUGUAAGAACUGUGUGUAAAGAGGCUGCUGUAAGGAUAGUAUUUCGGGAUUCCAUCAUCACCACCACAAACUUGUGCACCUUGCAGUUGCUGAAUAAAGACACUAUUUUUGCCACUCACUGAUUUGGUCGCUGUUUGAACACGAUCCCACAAUGGGACCGGAGAAUACUCGCCCGGUGCUGAAGGUUAGACAAAAGGAAAACUAAAGUUUCUGACGGCGGCUGACAAUCUGAGUGAUGCUUGUGAGAAAUUCCCGGAGCUAUUUGGAAAUUGUCAGGGUCUGGAUGACCUAAUGAUGUUGUGUAGCUCAGAGCCCGGGAACAAGUGGCAGGGUGGAGGGGGGAAUGUGGACACGGGUUAUUUCCCCACCAUAGAGCUGGACAGCACGGAAACUGACCUUCCCAUUCAACUUGGCCAUGCUGACCAGAAUCCAAAUUAGAGUGGUGCUGGAAAAGCACAGCAG